CUCUCGCUCCCAUUUUUCUCACCCAACCAAAGUAAUCAUAAUCCAGAUACGAAAACAAUGGAGGCCAUAUCUUCAAAACACCUUAUCACGUUCCUUUUCGUGAUUCUCUCUUCUAGUUUCACCGCACACAGUGCAGGUCAAAGACCGUACCAAGAAGCGAGCACAGUGUUCAUCAGAACAUCGUGUAGUUCAACGACAUAUCCAAGACUGUGCUACAGCUCCCUGGUGAAGCAUGCAGACUUGAUCCAAACAAAUCGCGUGGUGUUGGCCGGCACGGCCUUGAACGUGACUCUUGCGUCGGCGAAAUCGACAUCGGCAAUGAUGACGGCGCUGGGGAAGAGACAGGGGCUGAAGCCGAGAGAGGUGGCGGCGAUGAAGGACUGCGUGGAGGAGCUGGGUGACUCGGUGGAUGAACUCAGAAGGUCCAUAGACGAGAUGAGUCAUCUGAGAGCGUCGAACUUUGAGAUGACGAUGAGCGACGUGCAGACGUGGGUGAGUGCUGCUCUGACCGAUGAGAGCACGUGCACCGAUGGCUUCCAAGAGACUGCCACCACCGCCGGUGGCACAAAUAUCAAGAGCACCGUGAGAGGGCAAGUUGUGCAGGUGGCGCAAUUGACCAGCAAUGCAUUGGCUUUGAUAAAUCAGCUAGCCAAUUCUCAUGGCUAACUCACACCACCAACCCAAAUAUGUGUUGCAGUUUAUGUCCCCGAUGUUCAACUGUUAAUGUCCCUGUCGAGUUCACCCAUUUCAGUUCUUUCAGUUAGGCUCUUAUGUUGUUUUUUUAUUUUUAUUUUUUUUUGUUGUUGUUUGGAUCACUUGUAUAAUUGUUAUAAAGUGAAGUUUCUGUUGCUAUUCAAA